GAAAUCCCCCGGUCAAAACCUCAACAACGGUCAAGAGGGGCCCACCGACGCCGCCACCGGAAUCCCCCGACCCGCGCCUCCGCCCGCCUUGACCAGUCGCCGGUCAUGGCGGAGAAAGGAGGUGAAUCCGGCGGCGGCGGCCGCGGCCUAAAGGGGGAAGUAGGAAGAAAGAGAGGGGGGAUUUCCGUGCGCAUAACAGCCGACAGGGAGCCGCAAUAUGCCACGCCCCGGUCACCGAGCGCCAUCGCGCAGCCGCGGCGCGCUUCGCGUACUCCGCCCCGCGCCUCGCCCCCGCGGAGAUCUCGUCCCUCACCUCAGCGCACGCCGGCCACCGCCCCGCCAAGGACGAGCGGCGGUACCGAUACUGAUUGCUCCCAGAACGGGAGAUCGGUUCCAGAUAGGUCGAGAAAGAGGCAAGGGACGGCCGCUCUGGAUCAUGUCUACCCCAGUACGAGCGGCCGUACCGGGAGCUCCAAGAACAGGAGAUCGGUUAAAGACUACUCCAAAAACAUGAGGAUAGAUAACCUGGAUCAUUCAAGAACACCAAGUCUAGCUCCAAGGCGCCUUAGCUUCGAAGAAGAAGAACAGUGCGGUGUGUCCCCUGAAAACAUAAAUAGAGAGGUUGGCGUGUCAAAGAAUGACGUUCCUGCAAGAGAUAUGAUGGUCGGUGUUGAUUUGGAACGUCAAACCAUCUUGCCCAAAAUUUUUGGAUCCAGUGAGGUAAAGCAGCUGCUGCAUUCUAUCGAGAAGAUCAGUGAAUCGACAAGUAAUGGCAAGAACGACAAGGAUUUCCCUACAAGAAUGAAAACAUCUUUGGAAGCUUCAAAAGGUCGCAGGAAAUUAUCUAUGGAAGGGCCAAAAAAUCCAGGUGCAUUGAUAUGGCAGAAUGGAGAAAGUUCCUCCCAACCAGUGCUAGGGACUCUCAGUGUUGACUUGGAACAUCAAAUCAUCUUUCCCAAAAAAGGUGGAUCCAUUGAGGUAAAGCAACUGCAGAAUUCUGUUGAGAGGAUCAGCGAAUCGACAAGUGAUGACAAGAAGGAUCAGGAUUGCCCUACAAGAAUGUGCCUUAGCUUUGAGGAAGAAAAACAGUGCUAUGCAUCCCCUGAAAAGACGAUUAGAGAGGUUGAUGUACCAAGGAAUGGUGUUUCUGCAAGAGAUAUUGAGGUAAAACACCUGCUGAAUUCUAUCGAGAAGAUCAGUGAAUCGACAAGUAAUGCCAAGAAGGACAAGGAUUUCCCUAUAAGAAUGAAAACAUCUUUGGAAGCUUCAAAAGGUUGCAGGAAAUUAUCUAUGGAAGGGCAGUGGCCAAAAAAUGCAGGUGCUCAGUUGAUAUGGCAGAAUGGAGAAAGUUCCUCCCAACCAGUGCUAGGGACUCUCAGUGUUGACUUGGAACAUCAAAUCAUCUUUCCCAAAAAAGGUGGAUCCAUUGAGGUAAAGCAACUGCAGAAAUCUGUAGAGAAGAUCAGCGAAUCGACAAAGUAGUGACAAGAAGGACCUGGGUUGCCCUACAAGAAUGUGCUCAACAUGCUUGGAUCAUACAAUAUUCAUUUGCCCCUGUGAGAUUCCUGAUUCUAAAAAGCUUACUGAUGCAAGCAUAUCCGUGACUCAAAACAAAAUUAUCCCUGGAGGAAAUAAAGAGGUCAACCUUAUGCUCACAAAAGCACGCAGUACUCUUGAUGGGAUGGUUAAAACAUUGACAGGAUCACAUAAAAGAAAUAUGUGCUUUGAUGGGGAUUUCUCUCUUGCCAACUUCUGCCGCACGAGGACAGGGGACAUCAAACUGAUUGGAUUGGUACCUCGACCUUUCACUGCCAAUGGGUCAAAGCUUGACAGGAACAAAAUGGCUUACAUAAUAGAGCAAGAAUUUUUUGCUGAAGCAGAUGUACCUAUACCAAUCUGCGAACUUCUGGAUUUGAUGAAGAAUGGUGUCUACAAAGAAGAAGACCUGAUGGGAGACCACAUUUCAAUGAAGCCUGAAUUGGAGAGGUUAGCAGUUUAUCAGAUGAUGUACAGGAUUGUGAAGAAGUUAAAGAAGACUGAUAACAAGGGAGCCUAUAAGGAUAUUCUCGACAUAGUGAAAUCCCAUUCCUGCUGGCACGAUUGGUGCGAAAAAGCACAAGCAAAUAUUCAUCUCAAGAAAAUUUGGGACUUCAUUAACCCAGGGACUCAAAAACCCACAGAAUACCAUCCAACAGCUGAAAGUCUCCUCCACUACCUGGAUAAUGGCAUCAAACACUUGCCUGAUCAUUCAUAUGAUGAAGUAUCGCGGACGACGCUGUUUUACGACUUUGAGAUUGAUCAUAUACUAACAGGAACUUUUGGAGCUGUUCUUGAAGUUCUUCAGCGCGCAAUGUUCAGGUCUGGAAAAAUGAUUUCAUGGAUCUAAUCUACUACUGAAAGCUGCAUAACAUGUGAAGAAGAACAUCUGAUGACGGCUGUCUAUAACUUCAUACAGUAGCCAUCUGAAUGUUGCCCUUACGGGCGUGUAAUCACUUACAUGUAAAUGCGGAGUGACUUGUACAGAGGGUAGAAACUGCUAGCUAGUGUUUAGUUACAUACAGAACUACGUAAUAGGUAAAUGUCAGAUAGAUGUAUAGAGGAUAGCUGACAUCCCGCUUUUAUGAUGAGUGUUUUGAUCAAUGGGGAUGUGUUUGGGGUAACAGAUGUCCCUCACACAAAUAUUAUGCUUUUUUCUUCAGAGAUGUUCAUGCUGAUCAUGUAUUCAGAUGGCUAUGGAAGUCUA